AUGCCAGCAGUAUAUUGGGAAAAGCAAGAAGAUAAUCGUAUGUGUGCUUUGCACUGCUUAAAUGCCCUUUUGCAAGGGCCUUAUGUAACUGCUGAGGAACUCACAGCUAUCGCUGAUUUUUUAGACGAACAGGAGAGACAAUUAAUGGGAUGGAUACCUGCAACAAAUUCUUCACAUGAUGGCAAUUAUAAUAUUACUGUUAUACAAAAAUCACUUGGAAAUAGAGGAUUUGAAUGCAAAUAUUGCACAUCUAAGAAUAUAACAAAACAAACUGUCGAGUCAAAAUUUGAUGGAUUUCUAUGUAAUGUGUCACAGCAUUGGAUAUGUUUUAGAAAUGUCCACGGGGAUUGGUAUAUGUUAGAUAGUAUGAAAUCUGGGCCAAUUCGUUAUAAAGUUUGUGAUUUGCAAGAAUAUUUGGAAAAUUUGCUUAAACAAGGGGAUUCUGUAUUCAUAAUAACUCCAGCCGAAAAUUCUAGACCACUUUCAUUGCCUAAUCCAGAUAAAAAUUGCACUAAAAAAAAUCAGUUUUAUAUAGAUAUUCGAGAUAUCUCAACAUACGAAGGGAAAACAGAUUUCUUAUAUAAGAGGGGUGGUAGUUCCCAAUCUAAACCUAUUUCUUGGCCGACCGUCGGAGGGACGCGCUUGAAUUCUUGCGACGUUUCUACUAUAUGUUCAAUGAGAACUAAUAAAGAUAUGGAUACUGUUAUGGAUGGAUUACAAAAAAUUGAUGGGCCAUGUUGUUCAAUAACAGUUAGAAUGCUUGAUGCUAGUCGUGUAACCAAUCGUUUUUCUGUAAAUGGCACUCUAUUGGAUGUAUUUAAGUGGCUUGAAGGGUGCGAUAUUGUCGUAAAUGAUACUCCUUUAAAGUCUCAACCGAUAUAUUGUUUGGUUCAACAAUCACCUUUCAGAAAAUUUGUAAAGUAUGCUGACGGUAGUGUGGAAUUGAUCAAUUCUGAAAAUAUGGGUACAGAUACAAAAAACAAAACCCUAAAGGAUUUGGAGCUCGAGGAUACUCAAUUGUUUAUUUUACAUAUACCAUCAACUAAUUGA